UUGGUUUUUUAAGACAAACGACCCUCUCUUCUUCCAUCUUUGCUUUUCGGAAACCCUAAAACUUGCCCAAAAAAACCCCCAAAAUCUCUCUAGAGGAUAAGAAGCAGACCCAAAAUCCAUCCGUUUUUUUUUAUAUACCAGAUUACUCAAGUUCAUCCAUCCAUCAAGGGUAAUGCAGGGCUUACCUGAGAGAACUGUGGCUUCAAAAUUUCCUGCAGGAAGCUCAGCUGAUUCCACUAGUAGAGAUCCAAAGACAGUUAGUUUGGAUAAAAAAGCUAGCCAUACUAAGUCUACGAAGGCUUUCUCAUUGUCAAGCUUCUUUUCAUCUACUUUCUCUAUCUUUGACUCAUACUCUGGGUCAGCUUCCUGCAAAGAGAAGGAGUCUAACACUACUAAAUAUGGUUGGACGGCAGCUGUGAGGAGAGUUGUGAUGAGCGGUUCAAUGAGGAGACUACAAGAAUAUUUAUUGGGGCCGAGGACUGAUGUUUCUAGCUCAACCAGUGAAAUAUGGCUUCUCGGUGUAUGCUAUAAAGUUUCGCCAGAAGAGUCAUCUGGUGAUGCUACCCUUAGCAAUGGGUUAGUUGAAUUCUCAGAGGAUUUCUUAUCACGAAUUGUGAUGACAUAUCGGAAAGGUUUUGAUGCUAUUGGUGACUCGAAGUUUACUAGCGAUGUCUACUGGGGUUGCAUGCUUAGAAGCAGUCAGAUGCUUGUUGCCCAGGCAUUGCUUUUUCAUCACUUAGGGAGAUCUUGGAGAAAGCCCGUGCAGCAGCCAUUUGAUCGGGAUUAUAUUGAGAUUUUGCAUCAAUUUGGUGAUUCCGAGCAAUCCGUGUUCUCAAUACACAAUCUCCUUCAAGCUGGGAAGGCUUAUGGCCUAGCUGCUGGUUCAUGGGUGGGCCCAUAUGCCACGUGCCGCUCAUGGGAAACUCUUGUCCGUGCCAAGAGAGAGCAGAACAAUGUCGAAGAAGGCAAUGGGUCCUUCCCAAUGGCUGUUUAUAUUGUUUCUGGUGAUGAAGAUGGGGAACGGGGUGGAGCACCAGUUGUCUGUAUUGAAAAUGCUACCAGGCUCUGUUCUGAUUUUUGCAAUGGUCAAGCUGCUUGGUCACCUAUUCUCCUAUUGGUUCCACUGGUUCUUGGGCUCGACAAGGUUAACCCCAGGUAUAUCCCAUUGCUACGGGAAACAUUCACCUUCCCUCAGAGUCUUGGAAUCUUGGGUGGGAAACCUGGGGCUUCAACUUAUAUUGUUGGCGUGCAAGAUGAUAAAGCAAUCUAUCUGGACCCACACGAAGUUCAACCGGCGGUUGAUAUUGCAUUGGAUAAUCUAGAGGCGGAUACUUCAUCCUAUCAUCCCAGUGUUGUGCGGCAGAUGCCCCUUGACACAAUCGACCCAUCCUUGGCAAUUGGAUUUUAUUGCCGUGGCAAAGGUGAUUUUGAUGAUUUCUGUGCUCGAGCUUCCGAGCUAGCAGGUCAGUCAAAUGGAGCUCCACUGUUCACCGUGGCCCAAUCUCGCAAUCUUCUGAAAUCGGUCCAUCAUUCUGAUGAGCCAGUCGAGGGAUUAGAUAGCAGUCAGGAUACCUUCGAUGCAGACAAGUUGCAUGACUGUGGUGCUGAUGACACGCAUGAGGAUGAGUGGCAAAUCCUAUGAGGAUCCAACUUGGGGGGAUUUGGAAGGCGUAAAUAUCUGAUCAGGGUAAAGAGGCAUAUGUUUGUGGGUGGCCGUUGCAACCUAUCCAACUGUUUUCUCUGUUUUCAUUUUUUUUUGGAUGUGUUAGAGAUGAUGAUGGCAAUGGUGAUUGCAAUGGCAAUGGCGGUGAUGAUGAUGGUGAUGGCCAUGGUUGCGACGGUGGCGAUGAUGCUGAUUCUGUCACACGUGUAUGGUAGCCAACUUGUCUCUAUCUUGAAUCAAUUUAUUUUAAUUUAAAACAAAAAUAAAAGCUGUAUUAUUUGUAUGAUAUGAAAAAAUUCUUGCAAGAGAUUAUGACCUUUAUUACCUUUC